AUGCCUGUGCUCCUACGGACGCAUGCCCAGGCUUGUGCCCCUGUGAUGUGCCCGCGUGCCUGUGCCCGUGUGUUGGUCUGCACACGCGAGCGCCUGGACCCCGUGUGCGCGCACCUGUGCCUGUCAAUGUGCGCGUCGGUGCCCGUGUAUUUGCACCUGUGCAUUCUUGUGCCCAUGUUUGUGUCUGUGCCUGUCUCUGCGGUGUGUAGCCCGGAGCUUGAUGUGUAUGUGAUGCCUUCCCGGACGGAUCGACAGCACAUUCAGGGCGUGUGGUUCCCCCAGGGUCGCUGCUCCCAGCUCAGUAACCCCUGGCAGCACUGUGACCAGCACAAGGUCCCUCAGCACGAGCUGCAGUCCCUCGCCUCCUCCUUGACCCAGUUUGGUCUCGAAGCCUUCCACAUCAUUGCCCGGUAUAACCGGGAUGCCAACGUGCUGAUCUCGCCUGUCUCCCUGGCAGCUGCUCUCACCCACCUCCUGCUCGGUGCCCGGAACAACUCCAAGCACGACCUGGAGACGGCUCUGUUUUACCAGCCGGACGUCCCUUGUGUUCACGAGACACUGGCCAAAGUGCUGAGGCAGGCGCCAUCUUUGCUGUCUGUCUCUCAGCUCUUCUACAAGAAAGAUUUGCAGCUGAAGCAGACGUUCAUGGAAGACUCUCAGAGACUGUACGGGAUCAAGCCAAUGUCUCUGUCCACGAACAUGAGCGAGAAUGUGAGGAACAUCAACUCAUGGAUCACCAAACACACAGGCGGCAAAAUUACCACGCUGGUGAACCACGUCACCGCAGACACCGAACUGCUGCUGCUUAACGCUGUCUUCUACAAAGGCACCUGGAAGACCAGAUUCAGGAAGGAAGACAGAAGGGAGGAAUUCUUCUCGGUGUCACCGGACAAGAUGGUGACCGUCCCGAUGCUCCAUCAUGCCUCUUACCCGCUGGCGGCCAUUUUCCACGAAGGCCUAAACGCCAAGAUCGCCAAGUUCCAGAUGUUUGGCAGGAGCAGCCUGAUCGUGAUGGUGCCCGGGGACAUCAGCCGGACGGUCCAGGAACUGGAACAGGAGCUCACCCUGCCCAACCUGCGGGCAGCUCUCACCCAGCUCCAGGGCACCCAGCUCAAACCCACCAGUGUCCUCCUGCCAGCACUCCAGCUGAGGAACAGCCAGGAUCUCAUCCAGCCUUUCAAUGAUAUGGGCCUGCAGGACGUCCUGGUGCAGCCCAACCUGUGCGGGAUGAGUGCCUACCCGGUGGAGGUCUCCGGUGCCGAACACCAGGCGGCGCUCACCCUGGACGAGGAGGGCGUGGAGGCAGCUGCCAUCACCGCCCUCUCGGUUGCCCGUAACGUGGUCAUGUUCGAGGUUCAGCAGCCCUACCUGGUCAUCCUGUGGAACGACGAGUUGGGUUACCCACUCUUCAUUGGCAGGGUGAUGGACCCAUCCCAGUGA